GCUUGAGCUGCGCUCCGGGAGCGCGGGGAUGGGCAGCAGCGGCAGCGGCGGCGGCGGCGGCAGUCCUUUUGCGCUGCGCCAUAAGUAAAUCAAACAGUCCGGUUUUUUUUCACCUCUCCUUCGCAGCGAAUGCUCUUUACUGGUGUAAAUAACAAUGAGCGACGACAGCGAUGAAUCAAACUCCUUUGAAGUAACUGUUUUGCUGGCCGAUGGAAAGGAGGUGAGGGUGGAGGUAAGGCCGGACGACACGAUCGAGGAUGUGAAGGAGAGGUUGAUCGCGGAGAUCGAGGGCAGCAGCUGGCAGGUGGGGCGUUGGAGCCCCGAGCUCAUCGCCUUGGCGUCCGGUCACCUCCCACUGAACGACGAUGACACGGUCGCAGAGUCUGGACUUCGGGCAGAGUCUGCAAUUGUUCAACAUUACACAACUCCAGAUGGAUCCGGAACCAUUGAUUACACGAUUGCUGGCACGUUUCCCCAAGGUACAUCAUCAGAUUGGACCACAUCGGUAGCAUUUGAACCUAGCACUACAGAGAGCGAACGUACAUCGGGACACGGCAACAGAUUUCUAGAGCUUGGUUACAACCGCUUAAAGUCCUGCGACAUUUGUGGACUCAAAGAUGAUGAAACAAAAUGGAGAGUGAUCGAACCUCAAGUCUCCGAGCAUGAUAUGCAUUUUAGAAUUUACCUUCCUGAGGAAGGUUUUUAUGAAUGUUUUAUAACUGGACUGAGAUGGGAAAUCAAAAGUGCAAUAACAAUUGCUUACCGAUACUGCUCGUGGAAUGAAUAUGCUCCUAUUAUUGUGAUAAAGGAAACAGAAUAUUGUGGUCCGUUAUUUAACAUUGUGGCAGAGGACAACGUUGUCACAGCAAUUCAUCUACCUCAUUUUGUUUGUUUGAAAGAUCGACACAGGAAAAAUACAUUUGCAAUUUUCUACGUGAGAGAACAGUCUUACAGAGUACAGAAACCAUCAGAAGUCCAUGAAGCUCAUGUUGAAUUACAGAUGCCAACAUUUUCCCUUCUGGGAGUCAUCAUUGAUAAAACUUCUCAGUUCUCAUGUCAUAGUCUGACAGUCAUUUAUCAAACUCAAUAUACUGAUGCUGCAGUUCUCCACAUCUAUGUUGUCCCACAUGACUUCUCAGUAAUACAGGCAGUACAUAAGCAGGAAUCUGAAUCCACAUUGAUUAAACAUCCUUCACAGAUAACAUCACUUUACUUUGGCAGGAAAUAUUCUGUGAAAAGUUAUUCAAUAGUGCAGAUUAUGCCAGAUGAAAUGAAAUUUCAGUGCACUGAUAUGGAUUCAAAUCAGCCAUUCUAUGAAGUAAUUAUUACAGAGGAACCGAGUUCUUUUGAAUUAAAACUCACCAAGAGGAAAAAGGAAGAUCCUUUAUGGCAAAUCGCACUGACAUUUCAAAAUGGUAAAGUUUCAUGCCAGGAGAACUUGGAUGAGGAUGUUAGUCAGAAAAAAGGGGCCAUGCCUUUGAAAAAAGAUUCUUUGACAUCAGAAGCUCGUUCAUCAGUGUCAGAUGAAGUACAUAUAUUUUAUGCAGAUUUAACAGAUCCUUUGGAAAACAUAGAUGUUGAUCCAGGCUCUGCAUCUCCUGUCCAAAUAUCUUCAGAUUCAACAGAUCCUUUGGAAAACAUAGAUGUUGAUCCAGGCUCUGCAUCUCCUGUCCGAUUAUCUUCAGAUUCAACAGAUCCUUUGGAAAACAUAGAUGUUGAUCCAGGCUCUGCACCUCCUGUCCGAUUAUCUUCAGUUCCUGUGGAAAACAUAGAUGUUGAUUCACUCUCUACAUCUCCUGUUCGAUUAUCUUCAGAACUGGAACUAUCUGAGACACAUGUAAAUGUGACUGCUAAACGAUCUGAAUCCUCUUCAGAUGGAGAAAAAGCAGGAUUGUCUCUCUUUGGACCUUCUGACACCAUGGCAGAUGCAGGGUUGGAUCUCUAUGAAGCUUCUGAAUAUUUUACAGUUUUAUCUUUCGGGAAGUUUGAUCUCAUUGGAUCUUGUCACCAUUUGCAAGCUGUGGACUUGGAAUACGAUAGUUAUCCUAUAUUACUCACACCGCCUAUAAUUGAAACACCAGUGGAAGCACUUUGUCGCUACAUUAUUGAGCCAGAAGAUGUUUGCGAAUGUCUAACAGGUCUUACCUCUUUUCGUGCUCAACAAGAUGCAGAAGGCACUUGCAAACUUACAACAGAUCUUGGUUCCAGCCAACAAGAUUCUAAAGAUACUUGUGAACAUACUGCAGAUAUUGGUUCUUGUUGCUAUCAUCAAGGUAUUUUGGAGAUAAAGGGUCCUCAAGAUGCUCACAGAAAACAAGAUCCAGAAGCUAUUUGCCGUGAUGCAACUGAUGAAUUAUUUGAACAAGGUUUUAAUUCUUUUACUGAUACUUUACAAGAGGAAUUCCUGUCUAUUCAAAAAGUUAUACAAGCUCUUGGAAGAGAAAGUGCAAUAUUAUGUGAGAAAGGCACACAAACAGAAAAAUGCUCCAAGAAAGGUAAACAAAAACGUGCGACUUGUAACUCAUGUACACAAACAGACCUGGCAUUUUCAGAUGAAAAUCUCCAAACACGCAGAAAAUUGCACUGCAGUAUUGGUACGCAAACAGUUCGACGUUGUUCAAAGAAAGAAAAACGUAAAGAAGAAGCCAUUUUGCCAAUUGAACACAGAGCAAAGAGAGCUUCAGAGAGUGAAGACAGAGAAAAGAGAGAUAGUUUAAUUUCUAAGUCAACUGCAUCAGAUGAUCAAAAUCUCAGUGGGGAAUCCACUUUGGAGUCUGAGACGAGAGAACCAAAUGUUGAAAAAGAGGUAACUGCAGGAGACACUGAUGUAGAAACAAUAGAAAUAAUUUACGCCUCGACUGCAGAUAAUCCUGAUGUUAAGCAAGGUGACAUUGUGUUACUUGAAGAAUAUCCCAAAUCACGGAGAAAGGAAUCUGCUGACGCAGAACAAAUGAAAAAAAUAAUCGGCGAGUAUUAA